AUGGCUUGGCAAAUAAGAUACGAAGUGCAUUUUGGGGGUCAAAUAAUUGGAGAAAAUUGUGUUAAGUAUUACAUUAAUGGAGACUAUAGGAGAUAUGAUCCUAACAUAGUCAGAUUCUUUGACAUACUGAACGACAUCGUUUCUAGACAAUCAGUUUCUUUAACAUAUUGGACGACAUCGUUUCUAGGAGCGCAUUGCGUUGCCGACACAGACAAACAGACAGAGAAACGCGCUUCAUUUCAAUCAAUGAUCAAUCACCGUCAACUUACAAAUGGUGAUUUUUCAUGCACAUCAGAAGUUCAGAGGGCAAUACCUGCUCUUAAGAAAGCAUAUGGUGAUGGCAUGCACAAAGUUUUGCACGUUGGCCCUGAUACAUGUUCAAUCAUCUCUAAAUUGUUGAAAGAAGAAGAAACUGAAGCAUGGGGUGUGGAACCAUAUGAUAUAGAGGAUUCCGAUGCAAAUUGCAGGAGACUUAUUCGUAAAGGCAUUGUCCGUGUGGCUGAUAUUAAAUUCCCUCUGCCGUACAGGGCAAAAUCAUUCUCUCUUGUUAUUGUGUCAGAUGCUCUGGAUUAUCUGUCUCCAAAGUACCUGAACAAGACUCUUCCAGAUUUGGCAAGGGUGGCUGCUGAUGGCCUUGUUAUUUUUGCAGGUUACCCUGGUCAACAGAAAGUUAAAGUUGCUGAAUUGUCCAAAUUUGGACGGCCGGCCAAAAUGAGGAGUUCGUCCUGGUGGAUUCGCUAUUUUGUCCAGACAAGCUUAGAAGAAAAUGAAGCAGCUAUUAACAAGUUUGAGCUGGCUGCAUCUAAGAGGUCAUACAAGCCAACCUGUCAAGUGUUCCACUUGAACCCAUACCAUUGA